AUGGAACAAGACCCUAGACCCGCCAACAAACUUCGAAAGCGCAGCAAAAGCCGUGACAGGCAAGGCGUUACCAUGUCCGGCGGACUAAGUGGUCACCCAGCGAACACUUUGCAACCAAUGACAUCUGCAAACAACACGACGUCUGCUGAAGAGAGGAAGAAAUCGAAAUUCCGUCUCUCAAACCCCUUCCACUCGAAAGAGAAAGACAGGGACAACAUGAGGAAAGAUACCAUCGAGCCGCCCAAGGAGCACAACCCCAAGAGAGACACAGUUGACACCAACUUUGACUCAGCAGACACAUACCGCGAUGCUGGCACUGGAAACAUUGUUACCACCACAACUACUAGAAACAAUAUCAGGAACCGCUUGGAGUUGGACUCUGUCUCGCCCGCCGUACAGCGACCGAACCCCAUGGACACACCUGUGAGCCCGAUUACUCCAGGUAGUCCCUCGAACAAGGCAAACUUCUCGUAUCCAUCGAGAGCGCCUCCUCCGGGCGUCCCACGACAGAUCCCCGGCCAACUACAACCUGGACAGAUGCAAGCUGGACAUCAACAACCAACUCCGCAGCAAUGGGGAGAGGCGUGGAGUACUCAGCAGCACAAUGGUUACGAUACUGACGCGAGCCGUCCUAUUCCUUUUAGAGCGGGUCAUACUCCCCAGCCACCGCCUCAGGGUGUGCCUCAGAAGCAGGCAACUUUGGCUAGCUUGAAGGCAGCAGCCCACGGUAUCCAUGGAGCUGGAGAGGCCCUGCGUGGAACUUUCAAUAACACUGUCGACCGCCGUUUCGCUCCCGCAGACUCCGCUGUCCACGCGAAGAACCAAGCUGUAAUCGAAGCUGGCCGAUCCGAAAUCGAGUCACAAAACUUCGCAUCUCGACCGCGACCACCCGCAGCCGAUGCGCCUCCGGUACCGCCGAUUCCUGGGAAGCAGCCAUAUUCUGGCCCCGCAAUAUCUGGAUCACAACUUGAAAGCGGUGGACGAGGUGCAGGGAAACUGAGUGGCUUCAUGAAGAAGAUGAAGGACGGCCCGAUGGCGUCGAACCGGGACGGAACUGUCGGGACGCAAUAG